AUGUGUCACAUCCACAAGCCAGAGGUGACCGUCUUCUACGAGCCGGAAACGCACACCGUAUGCUCCGUCGUGAGAGAUCCCGGCAGCUACAAAGUAGCAGUGGUUGACUCGGUGAUGGGCUUUGACUUUCCAUCCGGAAACACCAGCACUCAGCAUGCUGACCAGGAUUUCAUUCAGCAAAAUAACUUUGAAGUGGAAUGGAUUUUGGAGACUCACGCCCAUGCUGAUCACCUGUCCGGUGCCCCGUACAUCCAGGGAAAGCUUGGUGGCAAGAUUGCCAUUGGCGAAAAUAUCAAGCUCGUUCAGGAAGUCUUUGCAGGGGUCUUCAACUUGGGCCCAGGCUUUCAGAAGGAUGGCUCUCAAUUCGACAAGCUUUUUGCUGAUGGAGAAACCUUCCAGCUUGGUGCCAUGCGUGCGAGUGUCAUUUACACACCUGGACAUACUCCGGCAUGUGUGUGCUAUUUGAUUGGUGAUGCACUCUUCACUGGCGACACCUUGUUCAUGCCUGACUACGGCACUGCACGGUGUGACUUCCCGGGAGGGUCGUCGAAAAUGCUGUACCAAUCCAUCCAGAGGAUCAUGUCACUUCCAGAUGAGACCCGAGUCUUUGUGGGCCACGACUAUCUCCCAAAGGAUGGCCGGAGCGAAUUCGCUUGGGAGACAACCAUUGGGGAGGAGAGACGCAACAACAUCCACAUCGGUGGCGGAACGUCCGAAGACGACUUCUGUUCGAUGCGCGACAGCCGCGAUGCCAUGCUGGCCAUCCCCAAGCUGAUUGUGCCUUCGGUCCAGGUGAAUAUUCGGGCAGGUCGCUUCCCCGAGCCCGAUGCCAAUGGCCAUGUGGCUUUGUCUCUACCGAUCAACAAGCUCACCAACACCGGGACCCUUCAUCCGUGA